UUUAAGCGGGCAGUUUCACUUUUUUAACGAUAUAUGGGUAAUCUGCUAAAUUGAGGGUUAAAUCUCGCUGACUUGGGGGGCGGUAAGUUUUUCGCCAGGUUUUGUCCCAGCAGACUUUAUCUCCGGUAAUUGUUUUUUUAAUUUUAUUGGCGGCCCGGAUUUAAUAAUGAUUAAAAAGAAUACGUCGCGCACCAACUAGAACAGUCUCUGGCCCGGUACUUGUUUACGGGAUUAUUCCGUAGUAAAAAGUAAAACACUGUGUCCCGUUUUGAAACAAAACGCAACGCAAUUUAUCUGGGGUUUUUGUAACGGGACUCGAGUACAGUUUGAUCCGGGUCGCGCAAUCGUCCGAACCCCUAGUCGAAAAUGUUUAGUGUCCGGGACGCGGAGGUUGGAGGCGUUGCGGCCUCCCCUAUUUCUUCCGAUUGUAAGUGGAGAGGGAGCCUUUUUUGUUAAAGCGAUGGAUAGGCUAAUAUUCACACGAGGUUUGCGACUGUCGCUCGCUGUGCUAGUUAAAAGGCGAUGUGUUUCAUGCGCUUAUAAUUUGUGAGAAUUAAAUUAGACAAUGAGUGUUUGUGUUGAGUGGUAAGUAGGGCAGUGUGUGUAAAACAUGAUGUAUGGUAAAAUCCCGAUAUAGGUGUACAAUGCAGUGAAUUUCAUUCUUACAACUGCUGUCAUUCUCAGAGCGCAUGCGUGGACGCAUCACUUCCGGUCACGGGAUAACAUUGUUUCGCUAGCUAGCUAUACAGUCUAAAGAUGUCGGCGUGGUCUGAGGGGAUGGCGGAUGCAAGUAACGUUUUCGACGAAUUACAUCCUCCUCAAAAAAGGACCCAGUCAGCCGUUUGGACAUACUUUGGAUUUAAAAAAGAAGACGGAGCUAUUGUCAACAUUGACGCGCCGAUUUGUAGAACGUGUGGUAAAGCCAUACCGUCCAAAGCAAGCAGCACAUCUAACCUUAUACACCAUCUGAAAAAGCACCACCCGUCACGUUACACCGAAAUGCAAAACAAGAAGCAUCCUGAACUUCUGGUGAAGCCUGAACCCAGUGAUGACCCGGUCACCCCUGACCAGACUGUUAUAGAUACUGCACCUGCUGAGCCCGAGGCUAGCUCUAAAUGGGUUGUGGUUCCAAUACCAACGGAUAGUCGUCAAGUUACUCUAACAGACAGCAUUGUGACAUAUAUUGUAAAUGGACUCCUUCCCCUGUCUACAGUAGAAAAUAAGGAUUUCAUCGCAAUUUUGCGAUUGGCUGAACCCUUCUUCACAAUGCCCUCUCGGAGAGACCUCACCCAGAACCUUAUUCCUCACCGCACUACUGCUGUUAAAAAUCAUUUAAUUAAUCAGAUGCAGAGCGCUUCUGAUAUUUGCCUGACUGUGGAUCUAUGGUCAAACCGAUCCAUGAGGUCGUUUUUUGCCAUGACUGGUCAUUUCAUUUCAGAUUUUGAAUUACAGAAUGUAAUGUUGAGUUGCCGGCGAUUCAAGGGGAGGCAUUCAGCAGAUAACAUUUGUGGAGUAUACGAGGAUAUUUUAUCAACUUACGGCAUUAAAAACAAAGUAUCAUUCAUCGUGACUGAUAAUGCAUCUAACAUUUUAAAGGCAUUCACCCUCUUCCAACCCAUGGCUGCUGUUGAUGAUGAUGAGGAGGUGGAACAGGAUGCCGUAUCUGAUCUUCAUGUGGUGAACAUUGAUGAGGAGAUGAUGUACUUCCCUCCUGAAAGAAGUCCAUGCUUUAUCCACACUUUACAACUUGUGGUUCGUGAUGCCCUGGAUCAAGUUGGUUCUGUAAAAAACUUGCUAGAUAAAAUCCAAAGACUUGUCUCUUUCUGCCAUAAGUCUCCAGUGGCUACUGAGAUUUUAGGAGAUUACAAACUUUGUCAUUCAAAUGUCGCCCGCUGGAAUAGCCAGUUGAAGAUGCUGAAGUCAGUCCUUAACAUUCCCAGUGGUGUCCUUGCUCAGCUGGAGUGCCCUGUUCAGCUGUCACCCACUGAAUUUAAGAUUAUGCAGGAACUAUGUAUGGUCCUGGAGCCCUUUGAGGAGGUGACAGACAGGUGUCAGGCAGAGAAAGCUGUAACUUCCAGCUUGGUGAUUCCGUGUGUUCGAGCCUUAAGGCAUGCAGUCAAAAACAUGAAGAUGACUGGCAGCAACAACCUGGUGUCCAUUCUCCAGAACUCUGUUGAGAAACAUCUUUCAAAAUUUGAAGACAUGCAAUGCUUUCAGGUGGCUUCCACUCUUGACCCAAGAUUCAAACUGGAUUGGUGUAUUGGUGAAGAGGUUACCACCAUGAAGGAUCUUCUCAUGGGAAAAGUUGAGUGUCUUUCACCAAAACUCAGUGCUGAGUAUAAUGACUGCAGUGAACAACCAAAGAAACGUCCUAAACUCUUUUCCUAUAUGGAGAGUCAGACUAGUCCAUCUGCUGUCGCCAGAACUUCACAAGAUGUCAUUGUAUACCUGAGUCAACCAUGUUUAGCAGAGGAUGUUGACCCUUUGGCCUACUGGAAAGGAAACCAAACCAGCUUUCCUGAGCUAGCUCGACUUGCCUGCAGAUACCUUGCUAUACCAGCUUCCUCUGCACCUGUUGAGAGAAUCUUCAGUUUAGCUGGAAAUAUUUUCAGGCCGGGACAAUGCCAUGUAAAUGAUAAAACGUUUGAAGAUCUUUUGAUUGUUAAGUGUAAUAACAUUGAACAAUGAGUUGCAUUGCAAUAAAGCAUAAUUGCAUUUGCUGUGA